AUGUCAAACCACUCUGAAUCACAGGUUCGCUUUUCUUUUCUUUUACAUGCUUAUUUCUUUAUUCUUUCUUUCUUUCUUUGCUUUUUCUUUUUCUUUGUUUAUUUCUAUUGCUUUUUGCUUCUUUCUUUUUCUUUCAUUUUUUCUAUCUAUCUAUCUAUCUAUCUAUCUAUCUAUUGCUUUUUUCCUUUUUCUAUUGUUUUUUCUUUCUUUCAUUCUUUCUUUCUUUCCUUCUACUGCAUUUUCUUUCUUUUCUUUCGAUUUCUUAUUUGUUUGUUUUCUUGCUUUAUCUUUUCUUUUUGUUCCGUGUUAAUUCUUUCUUUCUUUCUUUCUUUCUUUCUUUCUUUCUUUCUUUCUUUCUUUCUUUCUAGCGUUUAUUUCUUUUUUCUUUCUUACUUUCUUCCUAUUGCUUUUUCUUUUUCUUUCAUUCUUUCUUUCUGUCUAUCUGUCUUUUUUCUUUCUUCCUUUCUUUCUUCUUUUCUUUCUUUCUUUCUUUCUUUCUCUUUAUUGCUUGUUUAUUUUCUUUCAUUCUUUCUUUCUAUUGUUUUUCUUUUUUUAUUGCCUUUUCUUUCUUUCCUUCAUUCUUUCUUUCUUUCCUUCUAUUGCAUUUUCUUCAUUCUUUCUCUUUCUUAUUUCUUGUUCUUUCUUUGUUUCUUGUUCCUUCACUCUUUCUUUGUUCUUUUAACUUCUUUUUCUUUCUUUCUUUCUUUUUCUUUCUUUUACAUUUCCUUUCUUUCCUUCUUUCUUUCUUUCUUUUACAUUUUCUUUCUUUCUGUCUUUCUUUCUUUACGUUUUCCCGCUACUACUGUCGAGUCUAUCUAUCUAUCUAUCUAUCUAUCUAUCUAUCUAUCUAUAUAA